AUGGCUGUCGUCAUAGACGAAAUCCAUGAUGAAGAGAAUCCCCAGGAGGGAGGGGAAGGCCUGUCUGACAUGCUCGAGGAUGCCCGCGGGUUGCCAAUGCCAAAGUCAGCCAACCCCAUGAUUCCUUCUGGCAGAGCUCCCUUGGAUGCCGAGUUGUUGCAUACAACUACAACAGCGUACGAGCUCGAGGAGAAAGGUCUUUCCAUGUCUGGGGAGGACUUCGAAGUCAAGAGCCCUGUGGGGCAAGUGCUUUUACGAAUUUCGGGAGGCAAUCGUUUGCCACUCGGUGGCAUGCCAGUGUGGGACAAGCUGACCAUCUCCACAGCAUCCGGUGGUGUUGUGGCCAUCUUGGAUCGUGAAAUGGUCGCAAUGACGCCGACCUACGAUGUGAUGCGCCCAGAUGGUUCCAAAUUUGGAAGGAUCUCGAAGGCAAUGUUCGGUCUAACCGAAACUUUUGAAUUUUAUUUGGAAGGUGAUGGUGGCGGACCCAUCCUCAAAGCUGAGGGAAGCUUCAGUGAAAGAAGCUUUGAGUUCAAAAGCCGUGAUGGCUCUACAGUGGCCACGGUUGGGCGCGGCUACUAUCAGACAGACAAUGAGAACAGAUAUCAUGUUGUCGUGGGAGCCCAGGUGGAUGCCACGCUCGUUGUGGCCAUGGCCUUCGCUAUUGAUGAGGUACAUGAUGAAGAAAAUGCAGCUGAGCAGCCAGAGGGUGAAGGGGGAGGUUGGCCAUUCCGGUAA